AUGCACAGUGAAAAUGACGAUAAUGAGACCUUCUAUGCCAUGAACUAUCAUCAGAUGAGCUGCUUUGGCAUAAUGGACGUCGACUAUGAGGAUCGAUGCAUGUUGACCAGCAAGCUGGCCGAGUGUGACGCUCUCUCGACCAUGGUCCAUUAUUUCGUUCUUCUGUACUGUGACCUGAGCAUACAAAGCAAGUUGGCGGAGCUGUGCGCUCUGUUCUUUAUCCUCGUGGUGAUAUUUGCUCUGAUGGUCACUAUUAGCAUUAUCGUCGAGAGUCAUUUCAGUCCCAUGCUGAAGAUUAUUUCGAUGAAGAUGGGCCUGAGUGAGUAUGUGGCCGGCUCGAUGCUGCUCGCCAUUGGAAAUUCCAUGCCGGAUGCACUGGCCAACAUGUUGCCAGUGAGAUCCGAGGCACCCAUGUACUCCAUUUCCAUCAGCAAUUCAUUGGCCAUCGUUCUGGUUGCCGGCGGAAUGGUCUGGUAUCUCAAACCCUUCAAGAUGAGCCCCCACAGCACCCUGCGGGAUCUCCUCGUUCUGAUGCUGGCGUGUGAGACCCUGACUUUUGUAUUGCUCAGGCACGAGCGCCUCUACGCCAGAGAUGGUAUCUAUCUGAUCUGUGGAUACUGCGUUUAUGUGCUGGUAAGCAUUUCCGAUCUGAUCGUUGUGCGCAAGACCGUCAAAUGUGAGUAUUCACUUUGCGAGAGAGUCUUUGGAUUGGUUUUUCUUGAGUCUGUUUGCUUUCAGCGCUGCGUUUACAGAUUUCGGAAGCAAGUCUCAGUCCAGAAUCUGAGGAACGCAAUGCCCAGAUAGGGCGGAUGCAACACACUUUCCGAAUUGGAGCAGGAUCAUCAGCUAAGUAUUCACCGACACAGGGGCAGACGGCGAAGCUCCUCCUGGAGACUUUCCAGCGAGAGCGAAAUUCCGCACUCUGCCAGGAGGUUUUCCUAUGGAUUCACCACACCCAGGCCAAAGCCGACAAAUCCCGAAGUGGAUUUUGAGGCAACUCGCACGAUACUGCAUUCGGAUCAGAAUUCGAGGAACCUGUUUCUGUUCGCAGAUUUCUGGGAGACCGUGUUGCCCCUAGAUCUGGAGAGAUGGACUUUUUCCGGAUGCUGCAGGCGCUUUCUGAUGAUAUUGAAAGCACCUUUGGAGCUCUUCUGUACGAUAUUUCUGCCCAUUGUGGACUACGAGAGGGACAAGCACGGCUGGAGCAAGUUGCUCAACUGCAUUCAGAUAAUCACUUGCCCCGCUUUCAUGAUCAUCCUGUUGGAGUGUAAGUGCAAGUACUCCAAUACCAGUAUUCCACUUGACCUUAGCCUGACCUUUGCCUUAGCGAUUAUUGUGAGCAAGUUCACUGGCUGGUUCAUUCAAAUGCAAUUCACGUAUGCCAUGUGGAGUCUGUGCAUCACAGUGCCCUUAGCUCUCUUUACAUUUAUGCAUUCCCGAACCGAUGUACCGCCCACGUACCAUUUGCUAUUUCUUGCUCUGAAUGCAGCCGGUUCGCUGCUAAUAAUGGCGAUCUUUGCAGCCGAGCUCGAGUUCCUGUGCUGCAUUGGGGGACUGAUCCUGUACCUAUCCGAGGCCUUCGUGGCCGUCACCUUCCGAUCGCUGGCCGGUUCUAUCUCGGAUAUGAUUGUGGCCGUAUCCCUGGCCAUGGAGGGCUACGAACAGAUGGCCUUGGGCGCCAUCCUAGGUGCUCCCAUAUUCAAUAUAAUGAGUGGCAUGGGCCUGGCAAUCCUGUUCCAGGAAACGGUCCGCCAUGGCUCCACAUUUUUCCUGUUUGGAAAGCUUGGCGAGAACUGUUACAUCUUCUUCUAUCUGGCCAUCGUAUCCAUGUUGUGCUGGACCCUGACAUUCAACUUCUUCGCUCGCCGCUCCGCUGGAGUAUUCUCGUUUAUUUUAUAUGCAGUUUUCAUCAUGUAUUCCGCCUUCGUUGAGUGGAACGUCGUCCAUGAGUUCAGCAAAGAUAGUUACAUUGAUCCGAAAUAAAAUCCAUUUAUAUUUCCUGCAAACACCAAACAAAUUUCCAGCCAAUGUGUCGCCCCAUUUGAUUUUACAAACCCCAUUGGAGUGGCCGUUCUUGUAAAUCAGAGGACUGUGACGAGGCUUGUUCCGAAAGGUUCUUCCCCCAACACGAAUUAGUGAUUAGUGACAUUGUAAAUCAGUUUUAUAUAGUACCUCGAUAAGAUCCCACUCAAGUUCCAGUGGAUCGAUUCGGUAUAAAAGCACCUCAUCGGCAAAGGGCUU